GAACAUGUUUAUUACGCACUACUCUACUGACGGUGACAUACUUAGACACGAGAGUAGUAUGAUGCCCGCCAUUCGCACAGCCCUGGUCUGAGGCCUACUUGAUGCUAUGCCAAUCCAUGUUCAUGAAAACGGCGACUCUGUUUCCCAAAGGUUUUCUGCUGCUGCUGCUGGCAGUGCUGCUGGCUUCGGCUGGGCUCACCGUAGCAGCAGCCGUUGAUGUGGGGCCGGGGGGCAGCGGCGUCAGCAGCAGCGGCGGCGGCGGCCCAGUGCCGGCGCUGCUGCCUUCCCCGGACCUGGAGUGCCAACUGGAACUUACGGGCGACUGCACGCAGGCCACGUGCCUAGGCAGCUCCCCCUCCUGGUCGGUCCAGUCAGCCAGCCUGCGGUGCUCCUCCUUUUUCAGCACGGGCACCACCGUAGCCGUCACAGCCGGCCGGCGGUUUUCCAGUGCCAUCAGUAACACCGGCGCUAACAGCAGCAGCAGCAGCAGCACCGCUGUCGACGGCUCGGAGCAGCAGUGGAAUGCGACGCUGGCAUUCAGCGAGCGAAGCAGCGGCGCGGACGACUGGGGGCUCACUUUUAGUGGGUUGAGACACCUGCGCCUCGUGGACAGUGUCAUUCGCGGCGUGCCGCUCUCGUCUGUAGGGCCGCUGCUGCAGUGCCAGGACUGUACGGCCGUGUCCGUGGCAAACCUCACCGUACAGUCAGUGUACGGCUCAGUGAAUGCGGCGGACCCAACAGCCGAGCCGCCGCGGACGGGGCUGUGGGGUGUGCUGCACGCCACGGCUGUGCAGCAGGCGCACCUGAGCGGGUUCCGGUGCGUGGACGUGACCGGGGCCACGGGCUGGUCGUGCCUCCGGCUGCAGCUCGCCGCAAGCAGCAGCAGCAGCAGUGGCAGUGGCAGUAGCAGUGGCAGCAGUAGUGGCAGUGGCAGUAGCUGGGCUGGCGCGGAGGUGUGGCUAGAGGACUCGGUACUCGCGAACUCGUCUGUGGUGUGGCGGUCGAGCGAGCCCAGCUACGGAGCUGUGGGGCUCACCGCGCACACCGGCGCGCCGGCUGUGCGGCUGAGCCUGCUCAACAGCCGCGUCGACAACCACACCAGCCGCGGACCGGACUGCCAGGCUGCGGGCAUUGCGGUGGUAGCGCCGCUGAGCCUGGACCGGCUCGUGCUCAACCGCAGCUCCGUCUCAGACAACCUCGCCACCAGCUGCCGCGCGGGAGCGGUGCUCGUGCAGGGCCCGGGAGUGCAAGGGCCAGCGGUGCAGGGCAUCUUGUUGGACGGCGGCAGCAGCUGCAGUCGCAAUGUUGCGGAACGCGGCGAGGCCGGCUCCUGCUUGCGCGUUGCGGACAGCCCUGUGCUCAGUCUGCGGCUGACCGGCGGCAGCAGGGUCGACAACAACAACGCCACAGUGUCCGGAGACGGCGGCGCGAUGCGCUUCACCCACUUGGAUGAGCUGGUGGCGGCUGGAGGCAGCAGCAUUUCAGGAAACGUGGCCGGUGGGGGCGCCGGCGGCGCCAUCCACUCGCAGGGUCUUGGGGACUCAUGGAACCUCACCUCCAUAGCGGUGCUCGGCGGCAGCCGCAUCAACGGCAACAAUGCGUCGGGAGGCGGCGGCGCGCUGUGGACGGGCAGCCGCGUGGGCGCUGUGGUGGUUGGCGGCGGCAGCAGCGUGGAUGGCAACGCAGCAGGUGGCGAGGACGGUGGCGCUCUCCGCCUGGACCACGUUGGAUCACUGGAAGUGACGGACGGCAGCAGCGUGUCGGGCAACACGGCGGCCGCGGGUCGGGGCGGCGCGGUGUUUGCGGAGGGCGUGUGGGAGUGGCGCGUGGAGCGGCUGGCCGUGACCAACGGCAGCCGCGUUGACGGCAACUGGGCGGCGCAGGCGGGCGGCGCGUUCUGGACCAACAUCCCCAUCGCAUCGCUUACGGUGGCCGGCAACAGCAGCAGCGUGUCAAACAACACGGCAAACGCCGGUGACGGCGGCGCGGUGCGCUGCCGACACUUCGACUCACUGGAGGUCGCACGCAGCAGCAGCGUCUGCCUGAACCGGGCCCUAGGCGGCGGCCGGGGCGGUGCGCUGUUCGCACAGGGCAUGGGUGCUGAGCGCAACACCACCCUGAUCGCAGUGACGCAUGGCAGCCACCUCGACGGCAACCAGGCGGAUCAGGCGGGCGGCGCCGUCUUCGCUGCUGAGAGCAGGGUGCUUGGCUUGGCUGUAGCUGGCGGCAGUAGCAUCGAUGCCAAUGCGGCAAGCGGGUUUGAUGGCGGCGGCGCGUUGAAGCUACAGCACCUGGGCCGAAUGGAGGUGACGGACGGCAGCAGUGUGUCGGGCAACACGGCGGCAACGGGUCAGGGCGGCGCGGUAUCUGCGGAGGGCGUUUGGGAGUGGCGCGUGGAGCGGCUGCUCGUGGCGAACGGCAGCCGCGUUGACGGCAACUGGGCGGCGCAGGCGGGCGGCGCGUUCUCGACCAACAUUCCCCUAACCGAGUUCCAGGUGCUGAACCAGAGCUCCGUCAGCAACAACACGGGCUCGGAGGGCGGCGCCGUGCGCUGUCGGCACGUGGCGGGCGUGGCGGUCACGAGCGGCAGCAGCAUGAGCCUGAACCGCGCAACUGGCAGCAGUGGCGGCGCAAUCUACGCAUGGGACAACAUGGGCGGCAGUGAAGACACGGGCGCAAUCGUGAUCAGCGGCGGAAGCCGCGUAGACAGCAACUCAGCGGCCCAGUCUGGCGGCGUGAUCGCACUGCAGACAGUGGUGCUGCAGGUGUUGGUGUCUGACAGCAGCAGCCUCAGCGGCAACGUCGCGCAAUCGGGGGACGGCGGAGCCAUACGCGUGCGCCACGUGGACAUGUUCGUGGUGGAGGCUGGCAGCAGCGUCAGCAACAACACCGCCGCCGACGGCUCGGGGCGCGGCGGCGCGCUUUUCGCGGAUGGCGUGGGUGACCAGAGGAACAUGACUCUGGUGGCUGUGCGGGACCGCAGCCAUUUGGAUGGGAACCGUGCCAAGCAGGGGGGCGGCGCAGUUGCUUUGUGGGUGACGCUGGAGGGCCUCGUCAUCUCAGGUGACAGCAGCAUGGACGGGAACGAGGCCGACGGCCCGGAUGGCGGCGGAGCUCUGCGGGUCCGGCACGUGGGCCGAAUGGAAGUGACGGACGGCAGCAGCGUGUCGGGCAACACGGCGGCCGCGGGUCGGGGCGGCGCGGUGUUUGCGGAGGGCGUGUGGGAGUGGCGCGUGGAGCGACUGGCCGUGGCAAAUGGUAGCCGCGUUGACGGCAACUGGGCGGCGCAGGAGGGCGGCGCGUUCUGGACCAACAUCCCGCUGACCGAGUUCCAGGUGCUGAACCAGAGCUCCGUCAGCAACAACACGGGCUCGGAGGGCGGCGCCGUGCGCUGUCGGCACGUGGCGGGCGUGGCGGUCACGGACGGCAGCAGCUGCAGCCUCAACAGGGCCACCAGUGGGAGUGGAGGGGCGCUGCUGGCAGCAGAUUUCAUAGACGGAAUGGAGGCGCGGGACCUCACGGUCAGCGGCAGCAGCCGCGUGGAAGGAAACGUGGCUGCGCAGCAGGGUGGCGCGUUCUGGACGCAGUCCGAGUUUCAGACUGUGGCAGUGUCUGACAGCAGCAGCCUCAGCGGCAAUGCGGCAUCUGGGGACGGCGGCGCCAUACGCGUGCGCCACGCGGACGCCCUGGUGGUGGAGGGAGGCAGCAGCGUCAACAACAACUCCGCCUACAACGACGUAUUCAGAACAGGAUCAGGCGGCGCCUUCUUUGUCGAGAGCCCGGACGCCCUGCGCAACAUCACCCUGGUUGCUGUCCGCGGGCCCAGAAGCAGCAUGAACGGAAACCGGGCCUAUUCGGGCGGCGGCGCGCUCUUCACGCGGGGCCGGGUGGACGCGCUAAUCGUGUCUGAUGGCGGCAGCGUCGACGGCAACUUUGCUGAGAACGACGGCGGCGGCGCAGCUCGGCUGCAGCACCUGACAGUGUUCGAGGUGACGGACGGCAGCAGUGUGUCGGGCAACAUGGUGGUGGGCACGUUGUGGGGCGGCGACGGCGGCGCGGUGUAUGCGGAGGGCGUGUGGGAGUGGCGCAUGGAGCGGCUGCUCGUGGCCAACGGCAGCCGCGUUGACGGCAACUGGGCGGCGCAGGGGGGCGGCGCGUUCUUCACAAGGAUACCCAUUGGCACAAUCCAGGUUACGCUGGGCAGCAGUGUGAGCGCAAACACCGCAAACAGCAGCGACGGCGGCGCGGUGCGCUGCCGGCACGCGGACAGCAUCGCCAUCACCGGCAGCAGCACCGUCACCUCAAACACCGCGCCCAAGGGACGCGGCGGCGCUGUGAUGCUUGAGGGCAUUGAUGGCGUGAAGGUCGCUCGCGUAGAGGUCGUGGGCGGCAGCCGGCUGGAUGGCAACGCUGCGCGAUCCGGCGGCGCCAUCGGGACGGACGCCCGCAUUGCUGUGGUGUCGCUCAGUGGCCGCAGCAGCAUGAGCGGCAACAACGCGACGGCUGAGCAGGGCGGCUGCGUCAAGGCCCGCAGCCUCGAUCAGCUGACGGUGACGGGCGGGAGCCGCGUGGACAACAACUCGGCCCUGUUUGCGGAGGGCGGCGCGUUCCACAUGUGGGAUGAGGGUGCCACUGACAAUGCCACGACCGUGGUCGUGUCAGGCAACAGUAGCAUCUCUGGCAACUUUGCCGGCCGUGGCGGCGGGGCCGCGCUCUGGGUGGGCACCGCAGUAUCGGAGUUCAGCGUCACCGAUGGCAGCUGCGUCUGCGACAACGCGGCGGGCGGCGCAGACAACCCGUACAAUCCUGGCGAGCUGCUGCGUGCCGACAGCGGCGGCGCCAUAGCGUUCCGGGGGCGCGUGGGCGCCAUCUCCGUCACACAUGGCAGCUGCAUGUGCCGCAACCAAAUUCUCGUGGGGAACCGCGGCGGCGCCUUCAACCUGCAGCAGGGAGUCGACUCCAUCACCGUCUGCCACGGCAGCCAGCUGUCCAACAACUCGGCCGCCGGCGACUCGGGCGCGUUCCACACCCGGGCCGACACGCCUGCCUACGCGCUGGGGGCGCUCACGGUGUGCAACGGUAGCGGCGUAGACUUCAACCAGGCUAGGGGCGCGUACGGUGGCGUGUUCAUGGGGGAGGGGCGGCUGGGCAACAUCAGCAUCACCAGCAACAGCAGCAUGUCCAGUAAUAUGGCCUCGCUGCGCGGCGGCGCCAUGCACUUCAGCUACCUGCCCGACAGCUUCCUGCUGCGCGACAGCUGCGCGGUAAACAACUCGGCCGUGUUUGAGCAAGGCGCUUUCCUCUACAUCAAUGUGAACGCGGACUGGAUGUAUGACCCGCUGCUGGAAAGGGGCGCGCCCGGUGGCCCCUUCUUUCUGGAGAUCACCAGAUCCAAUGUGUCGGCCAACUCGGGCUACAAGGCGGGAGCGCUAGCCAUCUAUCUGGACGCCAACAUCAUGACCGUUGAUGACCCCGCCGAACGGCUGCGGCUGCGGCAGGCCAAGCACCUGUACGUCAACAUCACCAGCUCCACGCUCAAUGACAACCGCGCAUUGCAAGGCUCCGGCGGGGCGCUGACUAUCCAAAACGCCAUUUCUUAUGACAAGGAGCAGCAACGGGUGGCGUCAGUCAGCAUGGCAAUCAGCAUUCUGAUUGAUGGAACCCAACUCAGCAACAACCAGGCGGGGACAGUGCGCAGGAAGCUGGAAACUUUUCCCGACGUUGCCUACGUGAACGGCAUUGGCGGCGCCGUCUUUGUGUGGGCUCAGAUUGCUGACUGGCGGUCGGGCCCGCAAUACAGUGACCGUGCGCUGACCUGGCCCAGCGACAUCUGCAACGGCAGCAGCAGCAACGGCAGCAGCAGCUACCGCGGCAGUCCCAUGCCCCUGGAUGACAUCGGCGAGCCCUGGCCUGCCGCCACCGAGCCUUGCCGCCUGCUGGUGCGCAAUUCAGUGCUGCGAAACAACACGGCGGUCAGCGGCUGGGGCGGCGGGAUCAUGCUGGCAUCGUGCGCAGCACGCGCGGUGAACAGCACAUUUGCCAAUAACACGGCGGGCAUUCCCGGGGGCGGCCUGGCUCUGUUGGAGUAUGAGGUGCCGAGCUCGGGUUACGACCCCUUGGGGCCGUGCGUGGAUGGCGUGCCAUUGUUUGGCACCGGCGUGUCGCCCAAGCUGCUAAAUGGCAGUAGCAACAGCAGUGGCAGUAGCGGUACUAGCAGCGGUAGUGGCAGUGGCAGUGGCAGUAGCAGGCACCUGCUCCAGCAGAGCGCUCUGCAGCUACCGCAGGUGGCGGUGCCGCGGUGGCUUGUGCUCGACAAUGUCACGAUGGAGGGAAACAGCGCGACUGAGGGCGGCGGUUUGUACCUAGAGGUCAAUCGGACAGCGGCGCUGCUGAAGCGCUGUCUCUUCACCUCCAAUACCGCGUCCAAUGUUGGCGGUGCCGUCCGCGCCGCCGUCAGUAGCACGUUACCGGAUGCUGUGAUCAUCACCGGCUGCACAUUCCAAGGGAACGCCGCCUCGAUAAGCGGCGGAGGCGUCAGCAUGGAACUGACCGCCAGCGGCUCCGUCGCCGUCACCGCGGCGCUGUCCGCCAACCGCUUCGAAGGCAAUGAGGCGCGCCUGGGCGGCGGCCUGCACCUGACACUGGCCUCCAGCACGAGUGUGCGGCUGGUGGACAAUGACGUGAGCGGAAACAGCGCCGUCGCCCUGGGCGGAGGGAUGUUCCUAGGGCACAGCGGCGCCAACCCCAACGCCACACAGCAGCAAAUCAGGCAGGCCGAGAACGCCACCGCCGGCGCUGCCGCAGCUGCCGUGCUCUACACGGUGCCGGCGGCGGCCCGGAUCACGGGUGGCAGCUGGACCGAGAACCGCGCGGCUAGCGGCGGAGGCGGCGCCUUCAUACUGUCGCACCCGGAGCUGGUCGUUUCGUCUUCCGGCUCGGCGUGGAGUCAGAACGCCGCCCUGAGCGGUGCGGGGCUGUACGUGGACGUGACGCAGGGCGGGCGCGUGAGCCUCACGGACGUCAGCCUGUCAGACAACAUGGCCACUUAUCGAGGAGGCGGGUUGUACCUGCUCGGAAGCAGCCAAAGCGGCGACGGGUGCGGCGGGCAGCUCACGCUGGAUAACGUCACGCUGGAAAACAACCGUGGGGGCCUGCGCGGCGGCGGCAUUGCGGUUGCCACGCUUACGUCCGUGCCUGUCGCUGGCGGUGGCGGCAACGGCACUGCCUCUCUGGUGCUAGGCGGCGGCGGCGGCGCCAACGGGUUGGCAGUGGCAACAGCAGUGGGCAGCAGCAUGGGACUGGCCAAUGCAACAGCCGCCAACGCAACAGCAUCUGUGUGCGACAGCCCUCAACCGCUGCUGAUCCUGUCGCACUCGAUUGUGACUGGGAACCGGGCCCUCACGGGCGGCGGGAUAUGGCAGGCGCCGGCGGUGAUCAUGGCGAUUGUCAACUCCACUCUCAGCGGCAAUGAAGCGACUCUGUCUGGCGGCGCCAUCGCAGCCCUGGAAUGCGGCCUCUUGAGCGUGCAUGCCAGCAGCUUCGUGGGGAAUGCGGCCGGGCUGUCGGGCGGCGCGCUCUUCGUGGACGCGUGCCGUGUGGUGUGGCUGUCGCAGUCUGACGUGCUGCAAAACCGCGCCCUGGCGGGAGGCGGCGUGCAUCUUACGGGUCUGAGGGGCAGUGCUGCGAACGACAGCGCCAUAACCGGCCGCGGCCGCAGCCUCCUCGGCAGCAGCAUUGACGCGGCGGAGGCGCCGGUGGCACUGCUGAGCCGUGUGGUGCUCAGUGGCAACUCGGCCUUGGACGGCGACACAGUGGGCGCCGAGGCUUCGGCCUUGGCGCAGCUGGAGUCGUCCGCCUCGGCGGGGGGCGAUGCCGCGGACGUGGCGGCUGCAGCCGCCGCCGACAGCGCCCUGCUUCGGGAGGUGCAGCCGUACGUGGCGCACGGCGGAGGCGUGCUGAUCAACGGCCGGGUCAGCGUGGGUAUGUCAAAGAGCCUGCUGACCGCGCAGAACUGGGCGAAGGCAGGCUCAAUCAUGGCCUCCUCCCAGGUGUGCAACCCUAGCUCAGCAGCUGCUACAGCGGUGCUGCCGCGGGCCGGCGGCCUCGACGGCAGUAGCAGCAGCAGCCUGCAGCAGCUGAAGGGCCUAAUGGAGGAUUCAUGGAUGCAGGCGACGCUGGCGCUGCAGCGUGCCGCAGCCGGCUACUGCGCCCUCCUCACCAUCAGCAACAGCCGCCUCGCGGGCACCUACAACGACACCGCCGCGGGCCUUGACGCCCUUCCGGUGGCCGAGGCCACGCCGCCGCUGUGGCUCCGUGACAGUGGCGCUUCAGCCCUCCGCGCGCGCUGCUCUUUCAGCAGCACUAUGGUCAUGGCUGACGUCAGCGCAUCGGCCGGCCGCAGGCUGACGCCAGCAACCGCAGGCGCGACAUCAACGGCGGCUGCGGCAGACUCAGCAGCGGAGAGCAGUUCCAUUGUGGACCUGGCGGCAGCGGGCGCCAGCGGCAGCGGCGGCACCAUCGCCAGCAGGCGCUCCUACAACAUCGCCAACUUGGAGACCUGCCUGCAGGAGGGCCCGCAAGCCGAUGGCGGCACCGCACGCGGCAGCGUGCUGGCCGUGCCCGCCGCUAGCAUGCGCAUCUUCAGCAUUGCCGGUGCGACGGCGCUGGUGCGGCUAAGCAAUGGCACAGUGCGCGCUCGCGGAGCGACUGGGAAGAACAGCCCCGCCGCGCAGUUUGGCCCGGAGGAGGUCGUGGUGGCGCUGCUGGUGUCUCCGGGAGAGACGUUUGACAUCGGGGUGCAGCUAAUGGACGAGACGGGGCAACCAGUCAUAAUCGACGUGCCUGCUUACUCCGUCAGCCUGACCAUCCAGCCCAACGUGUCCGUCAAGUACGGCGCGCGCCCGGCCUUGACGUUUCACGGCGUUGCAUCCUGGACUGAGAUCGAGCUGGUCGGCUGGCCCGGAGCCUACUCCCUUCGUGUGGAUGCCAGCGUUGUGUCAUCGUCGGGCGGCGGAAGCACUGCGGCCGCCUCUGCAUCCCUGUCUCAGGUUGAGGCGCUGGAGUUGCCGCUGGAGCUGCUGCGCUGCGAGCUAGGCACGGAGGUGGAGGGGCCGGCGCUGGAUUCCGACCCAGCCUACUUCACCACCUGUCACAGGUGCCGCCAGGGCCAGGUGGGGUUGUGGCGGGACGAUCGCAUCACCACCGCCACUACCGGCAGCGGUAUCGGCAGCGGCAGCACGCUUGACAGCGGUGAAAGUCGCGCCAACAGCAGCAGCAGGGCUGCAGCAGUGGGCGGCAGCUCAGCUCUCAUUAGCGCCUCUCAAGCAAGCGUGUGGACUUACCAGACUGUGUCCAACAUGAGCAACCUGUGCGCGCCCUGUCCCGAGGAAGCCAUCUGCGCCGGCGCGGCAAUCGCUGUGCCGAAGCCGGGCUACUGGCACUCCUCCAUGCACUCGCCCGCCUUCCACGCGUGCCCCAACUCGGCUGCGUGCGGCGCCAAUCCGGACUCCAACGCGACGACGUGGGAGGCUGCACCAGCGGCCGUGCCCAGCCUGUCAGCGGUGGCCGAGUCAGCCCUGGCCUCGGAGAUGCUGAUUGACUUCAGCUUCAUUGCCUCGGACGCGCGCUCGGCGGCGCUGGCGCUGUGCCAGCAGUGGUGGGCUGCGAACUUCCCGCCGCAUCGUAUUGAGGCGGUGCUGGCCCGGAACGGCAGCCUCGUGCCCUCGGUGCCGCCGCCCUGCUCCGUGUCGGACCUGGAUGCCGCUGUGGCGCCAGGCACCCUCGCGCAGCUGCUGACAGCGGCCUCGGCUGUGACCUCACCCAACAGCAGCGAAGGCACGCAGGCGCCAGCACAGCCGUCAGUGGCAGUUGCGAGCUACAUGCAGCUGCAGUGCGCGGAGGGCUACACGGGGCAGUUAUGCGCCACGUGCGUGCCCGGCUACAGCCUGAACACCGAGUACCAGUGCAAUGAGUGCGUGUCGAAGGCACAGACGAUCGUGCUAGGCCUGAUCACAUUCCUUGCAACUGUCAUUCUGAUCUCCUACACCAUGUUUAGUAACUUCCAGCAAUCCACCGCGGAUGCCAUCGAGGCGCAUGAAGUCAGCGCCACUGACCUGAUCAAGGUCUUCAUCACGCACGUGCAGUACUUCAUCAUCAUCACUCGCCUCGCCAUCGACUACCCGCCCGUCAUCCACAAAACCCAGAGUGUGCUGAGCUCGCUCACUGGCGCUGAGAAUUUUGUCGCCUAUUCGCCCACCUGCCUGUUUGAUGGCUUGAACAGCGCGGGCCAGGCGGCCGUGUCCAUCAUCUUCGGCUUUGCGACGCCCAUUAUGGCCGGCGUCCUGGCCGUCUCCCUCUGGGUCAUCAGGUACCUUGUGUUCAACCAGCGCAUCAUGGGCCGUGCCGGCGCCUUCCGCGGCAGCUCGCGCGACUUCGGGGUGGGCUCCUUCGCCGACUGUGAAUUCAUCGACGACGACGCCACCCAUGCCGAUUCCGGUGCUGCUUCGGAGCAGGCGGUGGCCGUGGAGGCGCUCCAUGCUCCCGGGGGCGACACGCCAGAAGCGGACGGCGGAUCGCCGUCGUACUUCGUUGCGGUGAUGAUGGGACCUACCGCGCUGGAAGGCGGCGGCCGAGACGCAGCCCUUGUGUGGCCAGAACCUCGGCCGGCUGCUGUCGGCCAAGUGGGCCUGGCAGAAACAGUAGCAGCGGGUGGUGGCGGCGGCAGUGGCGCAGCACAAGGGCCACGUGCUGUGUGUGAGGCCACCAUCACAGAGCACUCACCCUACGGUGGCGCCACUGCUGGUGCUGCUAGGGCUGCCAGUGCUACUGGUCCUGAUGCUGCUGGCGGCAGCCUCGGCGUCGGCAACAGCACGCGGUACCCACAGCUGCCGCCGCCGCUGCCCUCGCGGCCCCUGUCCCCCGUGACGACGCCCAGAGCCUGUGCGCCGCUACGACACCACGUGCCGGCCUUCACCAACGCCGCGGCGUACAGCGGCGGCACAGCGGGCAGCACCCCCCGGAACCCCAACGCCAUCCGCGGCGGCGGCCCCGCUUAUCCCGCUUACCCCGCUUACCCCGCUAAAGCCUCUUCGCAUGCUGCCGCCAGCAUUGCCGGGCCCACGGGUCACAGCGGCAAGAGUGGAACACUGGGCUGGUCGCUGUCAGGCCAGGUGGCGCGGGCACUGUCGCGGCUGCGAUCGCUGCGAACGCGCACGGGUCGCUCGUUGUCUUACGCGGACCAGGCGCUCAGCUUGCCGCAGCAGAUGGGCGUGGGCCUCAUUGUGGCGGCCUUCAUCCUCUACCCCUCGCUGUGCCAGGUGUCUCUGAGCAUGUUUGCAUGCUAUGUGAUAGACGGCGGCAACACUGACAACCUAGGCAGCGAGUACCUGACGGCGACUUGGGGCCUCGGAUACUGGACGCGCAACAUGAACCAGCAGUGCUACAGCGGCACGCACAUGAGGGUGUAUGUGCCCAUCGGCAUCGUGGCCAUCUGUGUGUUUUGUCUGGCGCCACCCGCCGCCUUCUUCGCCGUCACCUACACCAACCGCAAGCGGUUGGAUGAUCUGGACGUAACCGCCAAGUACGGCUUCCUGUAUGCUGAGUACAGGCCGGAGUGGUGCUGGUGGUCGGCUGUGAUGCAGCUGCAGACCCUGUCGCUUGUGGCUGUGGAGGUGUUCGGACGUGCCAUGAGCACGCUGCACCAGUCGCUGGCGCUGCUUGCGGUGCUCAUCGUCAACAGCGGCAUCACGAUGGCGUGCUCGCCUGUGCGGCACCGGCUGGUGAUGGUGUGCGAGUUCAUUUCCUUCUGCGUGCUCAGCCUGACAGUCACGUUGAGCCUGUACUUCCUGGACUCGCCACCCGAGCUGUCAGCUAGCUCCGCGAACGCGGUGGGCAUCAUUAUUGUGGUGGUCAAUGUCCUUGCUCUUUGCGGAUUCAUUGCCAUCGUAUUCCGUUUCUCCGGGAUGAAGCUCGUGGAAAAGGCCAACGACUCCGCAGGCAUGGCCAAGGUGAAAGCCUGGGCAGCGUCGGCCGCGGCAGCCGUGGGUCGCGGUGUGUGUUGGCGCCGCCAGCCGCACGGUGGCGUGCUGGUGGGAGGGCUUGGAGGCCGUGGGCCUGGAGACAAGUUGGACAAGCUGUGAGGCCCAUUUAUGAACACAUAAUGUGUGGCGGCAAUAAGCCAGGGUGCGAGCAGGGUGACGGCAUGAGUGCACAAGAACAAUCAAGCAUGUGGGGGAGGUCACACUUGCACAGGGGCUGAGUCAGCAGCAGUGCGCACAACAAACAUAACAUCAUCCAUCUCAUGGACUCGCAUACCCCUCCUUCACUUGGACGGGUGCAUCUUGGACCUAAGCCAUGAUCCAUGCCUGGCGCAGCUAUUUGUCAUCUCCUUUUGCUGCACAUCAAAGGGGUAUGGAAGCAUUGCAAUAAGUUGGCUGCGUAUGUGAUAUUUGGUCUGCGUAUGUGCACACAGUGCGUGGCAGGUGGUGCAGAGUGGGAUGGCGUUGCAUGUGCGCUCAAACAACUCAUACGCGACCAUAUUGAUGCCACCGGUGGUGGGUGUCAUAAGUGUUAUUGCUACACGAGAAUGCGAGGCCGUGACAUACGGCACGACAGGGGUGCUUGAUGCUGGGAAGUUGGGGGGAAUGACUGCAUGGGCCACAUCAUAAUAGGGGGGUGGGGCUAAGCGGAGGCCGGUGUCCUUGCCCAAUUGCGCCACUUCAAUUAAUUAUGCCUUUAUUACUUAUACGUUGGGGGCAAAGUAGGCGUGUUGUUUGAAGCGCUCAUCCGAGUCUGUAUGCGGAAGCGCGGGUCUUGCCGAGAGUCACUGGAUACGGCACGCCUUGUCUGAAAUCCCGGCCUUGUGGAUCAUCUUCGAAGUCAAGGUGGCGGAGUGCACUCAGCGAGGGGCGCGAAUCCUGGAAGGGUGUUGUGUUGCCGCACUAUGGGCACUGGGCGGUUGAAGCGGUCCGUUGGGCUGCGGCAUAGGGCUGCGGUGGUCGGGGAAAGCGUGGGCCAAGGCUUGGGCCAAGGCUGAUGAUCAAGGGUGGUGCCGGCGUGCAGGCGGUUUCGUUUGCGUUGAUGCAUGAUGUAUAUGUAUCUGUUGUAGCAUCGUGCUUCUUGCGCUUGCGGCUGGCGACAGCUGUCCACCAUGCGCAAAGGCCAAAGCUUAGAGUGGUCGCUAAGU